CGAGUCCGUACUUUAGGCGUGCUUAGCCAGUACCUUACCCUAAUUGGUAACCCAGUUAGCGAACUGUAACCAGAGGGAUGAGCCUUAGCAGGCGAAGUCAGGACCGAUGCGCGGGAAUCUGACUUGCAAAUCUAGCGCGGUUCCUGGUCGCUUCGUCGGUUCAUUCUCCCAUUUAGUUGUCCUGUCCACGUCCACGUCAGCUUCAAGCACAUCCACGUCGGCGAUCGGAUCGCGCGCGAGUCGCGAUGUCGGAUAAUCCAGCGAAGCAGCUGCGCGUGCUGCUACCGCAGGCACUCUGGGCCGACGCGCCGCCGGAGCACGACAUCACGUGCGUCGCGUCGCUCGGCGCGGCGCGCAGCGGCGGCGGCGCCUCCAGCGGGGAUGGCGCCGCGAUCGUCGCCGCGAAUGGCGGCGGCGGCGCGAGUGCUGCCAGCGCGUCCGUGUGGACCGGCGCGAAGGACGGCGCGAUUGUGCGGUGGCGCGUGUGCCCCGAGUCGCUGGUCCUCGCGGAGAGGCAACGGUCGGGAAGCUUCUCCGAGAGCCGGCACGAAUGGCCCCCCAACCGCUCCCCUAUGCGCCCCGCGCAGUUUCUGUGCGGCCACAGCGCGCCGAUAGUCGCGCUGCUCCCCUGCUCCGCCUUCGCCUCCGCGCCCUCCGCCCCCCGCGCCUGCGCCCUCCCGCCCUCCGCCACCGUCCCUUCCGCCGUGGCCGCGGCCAGGCGCGAAAUGAUGCGCGCAGGGGGAGGAGGGGGAGAGGAUGUGGAGAGCAAAGGAGCGGGGGUUAGAGGUCAGAGGUCUGAGAGGAAGCAUGCUAGUAGAGGGAGUUUGGCGAGUGUUGGCGAAGGGAGCGAAGAGGAGGAGGACGAUGAGGAAGAGGAAGAUGAAGGGGAGGAAGAAGAGAAUUUAGAAUGUGAGGAGAGAGGGGAGGGUGGGGAUGGGUUUACAGGGAAGGGUGCUUGCAAUGGCGGUUUCGCUGAGAGCAGCCGCAGCAGCAGCAGCACCACCACCAGCAGCAGCAGCAGCAGCAGCAGCAGCAGCAGCAGCAGUAGCACUACCAACCUGAGUCCCCUAUCAACCGGCAUGACAGGGGCAGAGGACGAGCUAUGGCCGUUGGACGCGCUCGUGUCUCUCUGCUCCGCCUCCACCCUCUGCCUCUGGGACGCCUCCUCUGCCCGCUGCUGCCGCCGCCGCCGCCUGCCCCCCUGGGUGGGCACGCCUGCUGCUGCCUGCCUCGUCCCUGGCUCCUCCAACGCCCUGAUCUGCAUCGCUGCCAACGACGCUUCUACCACCGCUGCUGCUGCUACUGCUCCCGCUCCCACUGCUGCUGCUGCUGGAGUGGCAGGGGUGGGGGGUAAGGGGGGAGGCGGGAAGAGGAGGGAGGGCGGAGGAGGAGGAGGAGGAGGGGCGGGGGAUGUGUCAGGGGUGCGGGGGUCCGUGGUUAUUGUGUCCGCCAUGACUCUAUCUGUGCUGCAGACGGUGGUGCACGGGAGCUUGCCUCUCCGUAGCCCCAUCGCCACUGUCGCUGUUUCCCUCGCCACCCCUCCCCCCCGGUUCCUGACCAGCAGUGGGAGUGGCAGAGGGGGGGGAAGGGGGGGAAGCGGAAUGGGCAUGGGAGGUGUGGGGGGUGUGGGAGGUGUGACUGUUGUGGCGGGUGCAUCAGGGGGUGAGUGGAUUCGAGUGGUGGUGUGGGUGACUGACUCGGUUGGCACCUGUCGGUGCUGGCCCACUUCCGUCCCAGCCCUGCCUCGCCUUCUGGCUGCUAUGGCCGCUGCUGCCUCUGCCUCUGCGUCUCUCCUUGCCUCACUGCCCUCUCCUGCAGCAGCAGCAGCAGCAGCUGGAGGGGCAACAGCCAUCGAAACCGCCGCAACCAGCAGCAGCAGCAGCAGCAGCAGCAGCAGCAGCAGCAGCAGCAGUACCGCUGCCGGUCCUCCUCCCCCUCCUGCUGCUGCUGCUGCUGCAGCAGGCAGUGGCAGUGGCAGUGGCAGUAAUAUCACAGGCAGGGUCCCCCCUCGCAACAGCCUAGCUGCUGCGUUUGCAGCUGCACCGACUGCGGGCGCCGCUCUCCCCCCUCACGUGCUGUCCUGGCCAGGGGACGUCCCUGCUGGUGCGCCCACUGCUUCCUCCCGCUCCCGUGCCUCCUCUGGCCCCACCCCCAAUGCCCCACGUGCUGCCCCAGGCGCUGGGGCAGCAGCAGGGGGAGCAGGGGGGACAGGCGCAGGGGAAGGGGGAACAGGAGCAGGCGGCAUAGGAACAGUGGGAAGGACGGGGGUAGGAGGGGUUGGCAGGCCGCCAUCUACAUCUCUAUCCUCCCUUCCUUCUCACUCCUCCCUCUCCUCCUCCUUCUCCUCCUCCUCCUCUUCCGCGUCAUCUGGAUCAACAUCACAGCACCCCUCAUCCGCCUCCUCUCUCGCCACCUCCCCCACCUCGCACCCUCUCCUCACGCCUGUACCGGCCACGUCUGCCCUUGUACUGGCUGCUGCCGCGCUCAUAUCCACCUCUUCAGCAGCAGCAGCAGCAGCAGCAGCAGGAGGGUUGUCAGGUCACGCACCUUGGGAAUUGGGGGUCUCCACCACUCUAGGCCCUGGUACCUUUGCCUUUAGCUCACUCUCUCCCACCAGUGCUCCCCUGCUCACUGCCCCUACCACUGGCUCCAGCCCUUUCUCCCCUGUGAUUCCGUCUACCGGCAGCCCCUUUACUUGCAGCCCCUUUACAAGUCAUCCCCAUACAAGCCGCCCUUUGACUGGCAAUCAGCAGGCCAUCGGGUCUGUUUCUGGGUGGGAUCGUGGCAUUGGCCGUGGCAGUGGCGGUGGUGGGUCUACGCUAUGCUCGAUCGAGCUAUCCCCAUGUGCUUGCAUGCUAGUGCUAGCCACUCCUGCUGCUCUUCUCCUCUGCUCCACAACUCUUUACACUCCCGAAAGCUGCCCCACACACUCCCAUACACACUCUCACGCCCACUCCCAUGCACACCAACACUCUUCCGUGUCCGCCCACUCCCACACCAACACACCUACCCCAACCACACCUACCCCCACCACACCUACCCCCACCACACCUACGCCCACCACUGCCUGUGCCCUCGCGCUAGCCAUAGCUGCCCACGUGGAGGCUCCCCAUUGGCUGCACAAUCUCUCUCACACAGGCGUACUAGUCCCUGGAGCAGCGUCUGUGAGUCUACCCUCGGCCUUCGGGCGCAUUGCAGGGGCGAGAUUCGUGGCCCCCUGCGGCCACGCGCGCUGCUGGGGGGGAGGGAGCACUGGGGGCGGUGGGAGCGGUGCAGAGGUUGUCAUUUGGGAUGAGAACGGGGGGGCUGUGCUGUACUGCUUGAGGGAACCUACUAGCCUGGCUGCCCCCUGCCAUCAACUUUGGGGUGAUCGGCCGGCGCUUUGGCUUCUGCCGAUUCUCCCAGUCCUUGCUGGUUCGGGCAGAGAGCGGCCCGCCGGUCCUGGAGGAGAGACUCGGGAUGGACCCCAUGGUUCUGCUAUGGAAGCUGCGGCGGGGGGGCACAGCCACAGCAUGGGGAUGGGGAUGGGGAUGGGGAUGGGGAUGGGGAUGGGGAUGGGGAUGGGGAUGGGCAUUGGCAAGCAUGGGUUUGGCCUUGGAAAAAAUCAUGGGCAUGGGGACGGUUUCAGUCUGCAGGCAGAGGCAUCAAGCCUAGCGGCUAGCAUGGUCGCUUGGUCGUCGUUGAGGCAAGGGUGGGAUGCGGUGGAGCGCGGUGUGAGGAGGGGUGUAAGAAGCAUUGGUGGUAGCAGCAGCAGUGGCGGUGCCAGCAGCAGCAGCAGCAGCAGCAGCAGCAGCAGCAGCAGCAGCAGCAGCAGCAGCAGCAGCAGCAGCAGCAGCAGCAGCAGCAGCAGCAGCAGCAGCAGCACGCCUUACCUCUCAGCGCCAGCACCAGCAGCAGCAACAGCAACAGUAGAAGUCACUGCUGCAGGAUCAGCAGCAGCAGCAGCUGGAGGAGGUGGAGGAGGAGUGGGGGGUGAGGAGAUUUUCAAGAGGCUGUGUGAGGAGAGGGCAGACGGAGCAGUGACGACAGCAAUGCUGGUGGGAGGGGGUCGGUUCGGCCCCUCUUUGGUUCUCCGAGGCUUCGCCAGCGGGAGAAUCCAGGCAGUCCCCCUCUUCCGCCUGGGCUGCGGCCCGGAUAAUGCCGUGGGGGAUCAGCCGACCCCGCCACUUGAUCCGGUGUUGGCAUCUGGCUUGGCAACUGGAGGGGGGAGUGGAGCUGGUGGGUGGGAGCGGGAGUGGUGGUUGGAGGGGCACGAGGGACCUGUGCUGUGCAUGUUAGAGCAUGCCGCCCCAUUGGAGUGGAUACUGAGGGAUGAAUGGUGGGGUGAGCAAGGGGAGGAGGGUGGGGGUGAAAGGACCAUGCACGACGGCAGCAACUGGAGUCAGCAGCAGCAGCAGCAGCAGCAUGCACAGGCACAUGGGAAAGACCAGAACUGGCAGCAGCAGCACCAGCCGUACCAGCAGCAGCAGUCGGGUGUGCUGCGGCGUGUGCUGGUGAGUGGGGGCAUGGACAGCACCAUUAGAGUGUGGGACCUAGGCGCCCUGCAGCACUGCCUGCUCCGCAAUAAAACACGUGCGGCACCCACAGCAGAAACAGCAGCAGCAACAACAACACCCGCAGCAGCAACACCCGCAGCAGCAGCAGUGGUGAGGAUCCGUCCCUUGGCCACUCUCCGGCAGCACGUGGGGCCCAUAAGGAGGCUCCUCCACCCCCCUCCCGGCACGCUCCCACCCUGGCGCUACUGCUUCGCCUCUCUGUCUGACGACGGCGCCGUGGGGAUCAACUCGCUGGAAACGCUCCGCUGCGAAAGACUGCUGCCCGGCCACCGCCUGCCCGUGGAUAAUAUUUUGUGGGACGGGCAGCGCGGGUACCUGGUAUGCCUGAGUAAGGGGAAGAGCGGGGGGCAGAGAGGAGGAGGAGGAGGAGGGGCAGCAGUUGGGGGAAGUGGAGGAGGAGGAGAAGGAGGAGCACGUUUGGGUGGUGGUGGUGGCGGUGGUGAUUCGGGGCAGUCGGGCUUCAUUGUGUCGAAAGGGAGGAAGAAAGGGCGGGCUUUGGGGCCCAACACGUCGGUUCUGGCUGAUCUUGGGGCGGCUUUAGGUGCUGCCCAGCAGCAGCAGCAGCAGCAGGUGCAGGGGGUGGCUUCAGGGCGGAGGCCGGUGUUUGAGAUUGGUGGGGGACCCAGUACCGAUACUCUGGAUGCUUUUGACUCUGGGGCUGCUUCAAGAAGAGGCAGUCAGACCGUUGUUGACGAUGGUGGUGCUGCUGGCGGCAGUGCUGUGGUUGCUACCACUACUUCUCACCUCACAGGGACCGCAGGGGCUGCUGCCGCAAUCGCAGCAGCACCAGCGGUGCCGGCUGCACCGGCUGCCGUACCACAGGUGGUGCCAGGCUCGCCAGCAACAGCAAGAGCAGGAGCAGCAGGGGUGGGAGCAGCAGGAACAGCAGCAGCAGCAGCAGCAGCAGCAGCAGGCGCACCAGGGGCAGUAGGAGGAGCAGGCGCAGCAACAAAAGACAUGCUAUUCGUGUGGGACCUGCACUCAGGCGCGCGGGAGCGAAUCCUCCGGGGCAACCCGGCCAACUCCCUCUUCUCGUUUUUCGCUGCCAAGAUCAAAGCGUCCGCGCAUUCCUCCGCUGCCGCUGCUGCUGAGGCGGCUGCCCCGCCUGUGGAGAACCUGCUUCUGGAGUUUGAUGAGACGGGUAGGGGUGAUGAGGGAAGGAGGGGAGAAGGGGAGGGAGGUAGAGGUGAGGACGGGCUUGGCAGUGGACAGGGAGAGAGAGCUGGGUGGGGAAGAGGUGGGGAGUUGGGGGUAAAUAUGCACCGGCCAGGGCACCAUCCUACUCCCCAUCAUCCACACCCACCUCCGCACCCACAUCACCAUCCCUCUCCUCCUCCUCCUCAUCCUCCUCCCCCUCACCCUCACCAGCAUCACCACCCCGGUGUGUCCCCUGUGUUGCGCUCCCCCGCGUUCAAGGGUUUCCUGACCCCGUCCCACGUGGCUAUUCUACUCAUAGACCUCCCGUAUCUGCUCUCCCCGGACCUCAGCCUCGCUCUCUCCGCCCUGCCUCUGCCGCCGCCGCCUCCCAUGCCCCCCUGCCUUGAGCUUGGCAGCAGUAAGGGCGGCGGCGACGGCGGCGGCGGCAGCGGCAGCGGUGUUGGUGUCAGCACCGCAGACGGUGUUUUGGCAGAGCAGCAGCAGCAGCAGCAGCAGGGGGAGGUUGAAGGGAGAACAGAAAGCACCUCCCUUCCAAUCUCCACCCCUCAACACCACUCUACCCAUCCUCACCCCUCCGCACCCUGGGACCCACCCGUCUGGCAGCGGGUGUGGACGGCCGAGGCCAUGGUGCUGCGCAGUGCCAUCCGGUACCUCCACGUGUGGGGCUGUGACCCGCAGCUAGAUGCUGCCCUCUCCGCCUCUCUGCUCGUGUCGGAGCCCAGGCAGCUGUGCGUGGGGGCGGGGCUCGCAGGGGACAACGGCGCUCUUACACUCUCGUUUCCAGGGCAACAAGGGAGAGCAGAGCUGUUCCGCACUAGUCCGCACUUCUCGGCCCUCCGCUCGCUCGCCCUCGUGGCCAUCGCGCAGCGGGUCAUGCACCUGCUGCCGCCACACCCGCCCUCGCCGUCCCGCCGCGUCUGCUCGCUCCUCGCCGCCUUCUACUCCAGGGAACUCGCUGAAAAGCUCCCUGGCUCUGUGGCUCCUGCCCUAGAGCUCUACGCCUGCUUCUGGCACGACGCAUCCGACCACAUCCGCAUGGCAGCGCGCUCGCUCUUCCACUGCGCUGCCCUCCGCGCAUUCCCGCCUCUCCUGCGCUCGCCGAUCUUCCCGUCGCCCCGCCCCUCCAUCUCCUCCUCCUCCCUCGACGAACCCACUUCCACCCCACUGCCACUAGUGCCAUCUGCAGCAGGGGCAGGAGCAGGAGGAGGAGGAGGAAGAAGGGGGCAAGGAAGCAAGGGCGGCCUGUUAGUCCAGUCCGAUUGGAUCGGCUGGGAGCCGUCGGAUGUGCUCCAGUGGAUUGAGUCAACCGACGGCUCAGAUGUCGUUUCGGUCGUGGGAGGCUCCCCUGCGGACGCCAAAGCAGCCCGCACCAACGUGGCAGCUGCUCUAGCAGUCUGGUACCUCCCUUUAGGCCGGUCCGACCUAGCUUCUGCCGUCGCGCCGUCGCUUCUCCGGCUCGUGCGAUCGGCCAAUAGCCGCCAUGCUGCCACGGCUGCUGAGAUACUUGCUGAGGGGAUGGCGGACACGUGGCAGGCCCUGAUUGGGCCGCAGAUCCACCGGCUGAUUGCUGACGUGUUUGUCCUGUGUGAGGAUCUAAGAGGGGCGUGGGCGGCAGGGGGGCAAGGAAUGAUUGGCGGUGGAGGGGGAGGAGGAGGAGAAGGAGGAGGAGGAGGAGGAGAAGGGCGAGGGUACAGGGUUCCGUCGCUCUCUCACCCCAACCUGGUGUCACUUGGUUCAGCACAACCAGGUACCACCUCUUCUGCUUCUUCUUCUGCUGCUGCUGCUUCUGCUCGAAACAGCUACGGCUCUGCCACCGGCCCCACUGGCGCCAGCAACGGGCCCAUGGGUAUGGGUGCUGCAGGGGGGUCGAUGAGCUUCACAGCAGCAGGGAUCGUCACUCCGCCAACCUCCGCUGCCCCCUCGCCCUCUAUGGCCGGCCCGCCCUCCCCCUCGCCGCAGAGCGCUGUGCGACGGCUAGACCUGGGACCCGCCUCGGUUGGCAGCCCAGGGGGUGGGGGAGGAGGGUUGGGAGCAGGAGGAGGAGCAGCGGGGGCAGGAGGAGGGGGCGGCAGGAUGGGUGGGUUUUCGUCAGGAGCAGGAGGAGGGGGGCUGGGUCGUGGAGUGAGCGGGAGCAUGAAUGACAUUCUGACCCCCACUUCGCUGGCAUCGCCAGCAGUCACGCCGUCAGGCCUCCGCAGCAGCACGGGCGACAUGCAUGCUGACAUGCAUGGGGGCAUGCACCAUGACAUGCAUGCCGACGUGCAUCGUCAUCAUGGCAUUCACUCCGUUCCCGCCUCAGCAGCCAUGCUCUCAGACGCCCAUUCUCUCGAUGCAGGCACCAUUCUCACCCCUGGAGCCAGCCCUGCUACCGCCGCCGCCGCCGCCGCUGGUUCUAGCAGAGGCAGCCACAGGAACAGCAGCGGGAGCAACAUGGCACGGCAGCAUUCCUCCCCCCGCUCCUCCUCCAUGACUAAUCUCCCAGACGCCUCCCAAACAUCCCUAGGGGUGGGACGAGGCCCAUCAGCAGCAGCAGCAGCAUCACCAGCAGCAGGAGGAGCAGGAGGAACAGGAGGGGCAACAGCAGCAGCAGCUGCAGCAGCAGGAGCGCCGGGGCAGCCAUCAGCAGCGGUGGCGAUAGUGGUGCGGGAAGCCUUGGCGACAUCUCUGCUCCCAGCGCUGGCCAUGGCAGACCCGGCAGCGUUCCUCACGGUGGUGAACGGGCAGAUAGCCGGGGGCGCUCCCCCGGACUCGUCCGUGCACGUGACGGCGCUCAUGGCGAUUAUCCGCGCCGUGCGGUCGUAUCCCCGCUCGCUGCUUUGCCACAUCACCCAGAUCGUGGAGUGUGCGCUCAAGUGCAUGGACCAGUCCAACUCGUCUCUCCGCAAGAACUGCCUGCACACGGCCAUGGCGCUGCUUAUGGAGCUUCCGCGCAACUUCCCCAUGGCUGCUGUCUUCCAGAGCCCUCCUGCGUCCCCCAACUCGUACCUGCGCCUGGCUGUUGGGGACGCCGUGGGGGACGUGGGGCGCAUCGCCAUCCAUGUCUACGACCUGCGCUCGGGCACCAAGUUCCGGACUCUAGACGCCAGCAGUGCUCCCGGCCACCCGACCUACCUCCGCUCCCUCUCCCGCCGCUCCUCCUCAUCUGCCGCCGCCGCUGCCGUUGCCGCUGCUGAUGCUGCUCUCACAUCACCAACCUCCCUGCUUUCCCCCUCAUCCUCUUCCCAAUCCUCCCUCCCAGCCAUUUCCCCCUCCUCUUCCUCCUCCUCCUUCUCCUCCUCCUCCACCUCCGCCUCCUCCCUCCCCCAGCAACCCCCCACCCCGCCCCACCCCCUCGCGCACAUCGGGAGCAUCUCAGCCGUCGCUUUCGCGCCAGAUGGCGAGGCUGUAGUGGCUUUCUCCCAGAUCGGGCUCGUGCUCAGGUGGUGGUCGAUAGGCAUGGCGUGGUGGGAGAAACUGACACGAGCGCCCACUGCUCCCGUGCACUGUAGCAAGCUGGUGAUGGUGCCGCAUAUGCCAGAGCUUCCCCCUGAUCUGCUGGUGCUGACGGGAGGCGGGGCGGUGGGGAGACAGCAGGAGGGGGAGGAGGAGUCACACAAGCAGCAGCAGCAGCAUGUGUUGCUGCAGCAGCGGCGGUCCAGCAGGGAUGUGCUGCCGACUAUGGCCUUUGGCUCAUUCCUUUUCACAGCUGCAGUUGGGCCAGCAGCAACAGCAGAAGGCAUGACACCACCUGGCACAUCCACAGACACACCUACUGGCCGCACCACUCCCCCGCGUUCUGCACCCUCCUCGCUCCCCCCUCUGGCUGCUUCUCUGGGAGGGGCAGGAGGAGGAGCAGGAGGAGCAGGCGGAGGGGGAAGAGGAGGGGGAGUGGUUGUGGGGGGAAGCACGAGGGGGGGGAUGCAGGCAGCCAUGGCACUGGCAGCACAGCUGCUGGAUCUGCACGUGGCUCUGGAGUGGCGGCCGGAUCGGACCGUUGCACUGCUGUAUAACGGGGUUGUGGUAGCUACUUUCUAAUGGAGUACUUCUAUGCAGUCCCAAUCUAAAGCCUUUCCAAGCCCCUCAGCGGAACUAGGCAUCACCACUGGCAGCACAGCUGCUGGAUCUGCAUGUGGCUCUGGAGUGGCGACCGGAUUGGACUGUGGCUCUGCUGUAUUAUGCGGUCGUGGUGGCUACUUUCUAAUGGGGCCGCUCCUGCAUCAAAGCCCUCCUGCCUCAAAGCCCUCCUGCCUCAAAGCCCUCCUGCCUCAAAGCCCUCCCGCCUCAAAGCCCUCCCGCCUCAAAGCCCUACCGCCUCAAGACCCUCCCGCAACAGCACAGCUUUUGGGGUGGACUGGACCUACACUUGGCACUCGAGUGCAGGAGAUUGGACCAGACCAGACGUUGCACUGCUGCGUAACGGGGCCGCGGUGGCAAGGCUUGGCUUGGCUAGGCUUGGCUAGGCUAGGCUCUGCUAGGCUUGGCUACAUAGUAGCAUCUAGUGGUCUAAUUGUAAUGGAAUGGAGUCGUGUCGUGGACCGUGGUGUCCUGUAUGAUCCGGAUUCCGUUGCAACUCGGGAAGGCCCGCAAAGGGGCUGUUGGUUACGCAGUGCAACAGGUCGCUAUGGCAUGGCAUGGCAUGGCAUGAUGGCAGCACAGCUGCCGGCUCUGAAUGAGGCGCUCCUGUGGGGAGACCACACGACACGAUUGGUUGCAUUGCAGUGUAACGGCUGUGGUGUGGUGGUUAGCUAGUGGCUGCUCUCUCACUCUCUAGCUAAAGGGCGAAUUGCUACUAAGUACCGGUAGUAUCAAAAUCAAUCAUGU